GCUGAUCGAUCACAGUCAUGUAACCUGUGUCCGAAAGUUUUGGUUGGCUGCGGCUGACCGCAAUGGCUGCACAGUGUACGUGCGUGAGGGAAGAUGGUAGCCGCUGACCGAAGGUUUCCGAGUACAUGUACACAGCUCUGACCAGCUGUGGAUGGUCAUUUAAGAUAUAGACCAGCAGCGCAGUGUUAAUGUUGCCGAUCACGUACCCUUGCUCCAUGAUCCAUCGGAAGUGACGGAUUUGGGACGUAGGCCUACAAAACAUUGUGAGACAUUCACACUGAAAACAUCAUUUGUGCGAUACUUAAGUGAUAUUAAGCUGAGAUAUGAUACCUCGGGUGCCGCAAAGUACAGUUUGGAGUGCUGGGCAUUUUUGUAAGUUUUUCAAAUCGGGGCAGAUAUGGAGUGGCAGACGAUGGUGCUUUUCUGGAAGCUCUACCAUGCCAAAUGUAAUGAGUGUGUCUCUGGCGUCGUAUUCAAGAAGUCAAUUGGACACGGUUCAGAAGAUCGCUUUUAACAGUAGGAAAGGUCUUACGAAUCAUGAACAAACGCACUUAAGUGCUGUGUACAUACAACAUCGAAGGCACCAUAAACCUCACCAUGCUUACCCAAUACGAUGCAGUUUGGCUAGAAAUAUGAACCCGAAGAUCGCCAAUUUUGCUAGAUAUUUCAGCACAAGUUGCCAUGGAAAUGACAGACCAGUUCUGUUUCAUAAGCAGAUUAGUGAUGUCUGCGUCAACAUCAAAACACAUAAGCACAGUGGAAACUUUACCGGAAAUGGGACGCUUGUUGAACGUGAGAAGAUCGCCGAUUUGAAGAGAUCAUCCCCUGUGAUAGCUGGACCUAAUUUAGCAGAUGGAGAUGUUUUGCAUGAACGAACUGGACACAACACAGGCAUUCUGGUCGUAAACUCAUUAACAAAACAGCAACUGAAAAAGGAACCGUUAGUCCUGCGGAAUCAAAAUGUGGCAACUUGGUAUUCAUGUGGUCCAACAGUAUAUGACAGCCCACAUCUAGGCCAUGGAAGUUGUUACGUCCGGUUUGACUUUCUUCGUCGGAUUCUGGCCGAGUACUAUGACAUCACCGUGGUUCAGGUCCUUGGUAUCACGGACAUUGACAGUAACAUCAUCCAGAGGGCACGCGAGGAAGGCAUGGAUUUCUACAAGUUGACUAAGAAGUAUGAAACCGAAUUCUUCCGAGACCUGGAAAGGUUGCAGGUUUUGCCAGCGACAGUAAAUCCACGAGUGACUGAUCAUAUGCCACAGAUCAUCAACUUCAUUCAAAGGGUUAUCAAGAAUGGUUAUGCUUACCCUACAGAAAGUGGCAGCGUGUACUUUGAUGUGCAGGCCUUUGGCGCUCAUCGCUACAAGAAGCUAGCCACACACUUCAUGGAACCAAGGAAGACGGAUACCAACAAGAAAUCACAAGAGGACUUUGCUUUGUGGAAGGCCGCAAAGCCUAAUGAACCAUGGUGGCAUUCACCUUGGGGAAAUAGAAAGGGACGACCUGGUUGGCAUAUUGAAUGCUCUGCCAUGUCUAGUGCAAUAUUUGGAGAGAAUCUUGACAUCCACACUGGAGGUCGUGACCUUGCCUUUCCCCACCACAACAAUGAGAUUGCGCAGUGUGAGGCCUGCUUCAAUUCUAAGUCAUGGGCAAGGUACUUCCUCCAUUCAGGGCAUUUGUUUCGUAAGAGUGACCCCAACAAGAUGUCAAAAUCGCUGAAGAACGUUGUGACCAUUGACGAUUUCCUGCAGUCCUACACAGCCAAUCACUUCAGAGUCCUUUGUCUCAUGUCCAAGUACAACAACGAUAUGGAAUAUUCUGAAGAGACUGUACAUCAUGCUGUCAAGAUAUGCAAGCAGCUGGCUUCCUUUCUGAACGAUGCUGAUGCCUAUGUUAAGGGUCAACUUAUGGCACAGGAAAUCAGCGAGGCAGCUCUUAUGCAAAAACUUGCAGAUACCCAGGCCACAUUCAUGAAGGCUGUAGCUGACGAUUUUGACACUAAGCGUGGACUGGAUGCAAUUAUGGAGCUGGUACGAAUGGCAAACAUGGCUAUAGGGGGUAAACAGCACCAGCAACAUAUGAAUGUGCCUCGAUGCCCGGGUGCAAUAGCUGGUGUUUCCUCCUACAUCAAUAGGACGCUUCAGGUGCUAGGAGUCAAGUUCCAGAGUCGGAAGGAUGUAGCAGCUAGCCGAUCAACCAAAGCACUGUCUUCUACUAUGGACACGCUCAUCAACCUGAGGAGUGAGGUCCGAAAGUGGGCACUAGAAACACCCCUGGAAGAUGACCUCAAAGGGUCAGAGGUAAAGCAAACGGAAACAGUUGACAAACCAAAGUCUAAAAAGCUGAUGUAUAAGGCUUUGCAUCGCCGUGCCGAACUUCUCCAAAAAUGUGACAAUGUCCGUCAAGGCUUGCUCCAGGCGGGAGUCCAGAUAAAGGACCGAGGGACAUCUGCAACGUGGGAGUACAUUGAAAAGAAAGUCGGUGACCAGUCUUGAGCUCAUGAUCAGAUCCAGCAGGAACGUGAUGUCUACCAGCUGGUCUCAUCAACACUCAAGGUAUAUUAGAAGUGUUGAGGACGUGGACUGGAUCAGUUAGCUACCUAUGAACUCAGAGGCACAUGGCAUGUUUGGAUGGUCUCUGGACUUUGCCCUUUAGCACUGCAAUUGAGCAAUUCACAUGCGACUGAUUGAAAAUAUUAUUGGCCUUAAACCUGACUGUCUGAAAUCUCCCCAAGGCCUCUAAAGAUAAUUGAUGGAUUUUUAAGGGUUUUUUUUUGGGGGGGGGUUAGAGUCUAACUACUCACCCUGUGCAUGGCUUUUAUGCUACUUCAGAGCCCGUAGAGAAUGUAUUUUACAGUUCAUUGACUCUAAAAGUCGUUGGAUGCAGGGAGGCUUUUUGCAAACAUUUCUAGGAAGUUGAUACUGACUGCUGAUAAUGAACGUUGUUUGGGGAGCUGCUGAAAUUUGGGCAACAUUUGUAAGAGGUGUAACAAAUCUGUGAUAAACGUUUUAAUGUUUUAAUCUGGUUUUUGACAUGAGGAAUGUGCCAUGUAAAUCUAAAGUGAUUGUUCAUUUUCUAACCAUUCUUCUAUAGGACUUGUGGGUCAAUUCCCACAAAGGAUCCGAAUAUUGACUUUGGUUUCUAUCCCUGCAUUGCAUGGAUUUUACUUUUGUUCCUUUCCUUAAAUAGAUAGCCUCAUUAGUUUUCCUUAAUUCAAAUGUUCUGUACAGGAUACAGAUUAUGGUUGUUUUAGAGAUUAAAUCCUAAUCUAAGACAAACAACACUUAGCUAAAAGUGACACCCACCUAAAUAAACCCAUUUUUUCCUAACUUUGCUUUUAAAAAUAACUAAAGCACCGUGACACAAUUUUAGCAAGGUUUGUAGCAUUUCGAUAAUUCUCCUAAAUGCCAUGAAUUACGCAAAGAAUAACCCCUGGACAGUAAUUACCCGUACAUGUACAGAAUUAGAAAUUAAUAAGAAAUCAACAAAUUGUUGAUUCCAUUGAUUGAAUGAUCUAAUGGCAGCAUCUUUGCCAAUGUUUGUAUUGGCCCUGUGAAGUACAGCCAUAUACUGUUAGAUUGUGUUGAGAGUAUAUUCACUGUACCUCUUGAACGGGGAGCAUAUCUGAAGGUUCCUCAUAAGAACUUCAUUCGAUGGAAAUAAAAAGGGAGUCGGUGUCGUGGACACUUUAAUACUGUAUACUGUAUUCUUUUAUGAUGAAUACUUCAAAUCCUUGUGGGGUUCAUAUUCGUCAUUUACCUCAACUCUACUUACCUUAUUUAUGUUGCAUAAAUAUUGGAAAUUUUGAGGUUUCACAUACAUGUACACAGCCAGUUCUGACAUAGAUUAACUUAUGAAAUAUAAAAUGCCCAGCCAUUUCCACAUCAACACACAGUAACUCUCAUUGGUCAAGGUUUACGUCUAAAGUUCCAAACUCAUUCCAUGUUUGCUUUGGAUCAUUUUUCUACCUCAGCAGCUUUUUCUAGAUUUUAUAGACUCUAGAUUUCAUCACUUUCAAACUUUCGGCUGUAUGGUUCAUCAAAACCGACAUGUAAACAGAAGUUAGUAGUCUAGAGCCACUGGUUUCAUUUAGUCAUAACUAACUCCACAAAUGGUGUUAAUUCAAACAGACAUGAAGCCACGACUCUCGAAAUGACAGGUGUUCUGCGAAUGGCUAUGGCAUUAUUGAGUAAUCACUAUGAACAGAGCAUUCACAAUUAUUUAAGAAAACGUAUUGAUUGUGUAGUUAAAAUAAAGUGUCCAAAAGAAUAAACCUUUCAUUUGCUCUUAAGUAUA